AAUAACUGACUUUCUGAGGAUUUUCUUUUUUUUCUAUUCAGGCAGUUCAUCGGGCAGCCUCACAGCGCUGAAGAGCACGUUGUACCGUUUGCAGGACCCUUUUCGAUUUCCGCCAUCUCAGAGCUGGUGGUGGAUUGAACAUCAAGAUGCAGAUUUUCGUGAAAACCCUCACAGGGAAAACUAUCACCCUUGAGGUUGAGCCCUCUGAUACUAUUGAAAAUGUCAAGGCUAAGAUUCAAGACAAAGAAGGAAUCCCUCCUGAUCAGCAGAGGCUGAUCUUCGCUGGUAAACAGCUGGAGGACGGCCGCACCCUCUCCGACUACAACAUUCAGAAGGAGUCCACACUUCAUCUGGUGCUGAGACUGCGUGGUGGUGCUAAGAAGAGGAAGAAGAAGUCCUACACCACCCCCAAGAAGAACAAGCACAAGAGAAAGAAGGUCAAGCUCGCUGUGCUGAAAUAUUACAAGGUUGAUGAGAACGGCAAGAUCCACCGGCUGCGCCGCGAGUGUCCUGCAGACGAGUGUGGAGCCGGGGUGUUCAUGGCCAGCCACUUUGACCGUCAUUACUGCGGGAAGUGCUGCCUGACUUACUGCUUCAACAAACCAGAGGACAAGUGAAGUACGGUCCUGAUGACAUGCUCUUGUGUGACACAUGAGAUUGUCUGUUCUGGAGUUUGUACUUUGUAAAUAAAGUUGUGGCCUGCCACAUUCAAAAAUAAA